AUGGGCAGCUCUAAGACCGACUUCCCACCGAUCCGUGCAUGCAUCUUCGACGUUGACGGCCUCCUGAUCGACUCUGAGGACGCUUAUACCGCCGUCACAAACACCAUCCUUCGGGAGAACAAUCGUCCGGACCUGCCUUGGAAAAUCAAAGCCCAGCUUCAAGGAAGACCCGGUCCUGAAGCCGGACGUAUCUUUCACGAGUGGGCAAAGCUGCCCAUCUCAUAUGAAAAAUUUGUGGCUCGGAACACAGAACUCCAGGCUGAAGCCUUCAGACAUUGCAAACCGUUGCCGGGAGUCGAAGAUUUGCUGAGGAAAUUGCAAAAUGCCAGGCCAAAGGUUCACAUGGCUCUUGCAACAAGCAGCAUCGGGAAGAAUUUUGAGAUCAAGACCGGGUCGAUGAAGGAAAUGUUUUCUGUGUUCGCCGAGGAUCAGAUCGUGACAGGUGAUGAUGACAGAGUACCGAAGGGUAGAGGCAAGCCGUUGCCAGAUAUAUAUCUGGUGGCCCUGCAGACAAUUAAUGAGCACAUCAGGAGGACGAGCCCGGAAGAAUCGGAAGUACAACCUGAAGAGUGUAUCGUCUUCGAGGAUAGUGUGCCUGGGGUAGAAGCCGGAAGGAGGGCAGGAAUGAGAGUGGUAUGGUGUCCAAAUCCGGGUCUUCUGAACGAAUACCAAGGGCGAGAAAAGGAAGUGUUAGCAGGCAAGACGGGGGAACAUAAAGAAGAGGAAAUAGAAAGACACGGGACAAGCACCAUAAAGGGCAGUCCCGGCCAUGUGGGUGAGAUUGAUGACGGGUGGGCGGAAAUGUUACAGACAUUAGAAGAAUUCAGAUAUGAGAGGUACAAAAUAGAAGUAUAG